CGCCGACACUUGCAAGAUAUCCACUCGACGCUUGACAAGCAUAAAGGUGAAGGCGCGAAAUUUCGGGGUGCGACGUUCUUUAGCGAGAAACUGUCCGGCCGAAGUUACCGUAGAUGAGAUAUUGCUGAUAACGCCAUUCUGGAUGUACCUUGCAGCGGCUUUUUGACCGAGUCCAUUUGCCGUGAGUGAAGUAUUCAUUGGUGUGGUGACCUUAUGGCAGACAGAGUGGACUCGAAUUGGAAUACGUUAUGCAUUGGAAGCAGUGGGGCUUGCCUUCUGGCCUGGCGAGGAAAUUAGUUUGAGACAAAAUCCCGCGUCUCAAAUCGCUCUCAGACAAUAAACCAAAGGCAUGGAUGUCGACAUAUCAACUCAUGAAACGCCCCUGACUGAUCCGGAGUUAACCUUGCUGGCCGAUGCAAGGGUCAUUGUGAACCGUAAGGCGCUGACAACCGAUGCUCUCACUUUGUUCGAACCUGACGCAAAAGAAGAAGCAUCGUUCAGUGAGAGCGAUACGAACGCGCACAAUUGCGUUCUAAGCCGGGUACCGUCGUUCUUGCUUGGACUAUUCCCAUGCGUAGCGUGGAUGAGAAGCUACAGCGUGCGGUCGUUCCUCGUGGCCGAUGUCCUUGCAGGGCUUUCAGUUGCUGUGCUACACGUGCCGCAAGGUCUUGUGUGUGCAAUUAUAGCCGGAGUAGAUCCAGUUCUAGGUCUGUACAGUUCCCUUUACCCAGGCUUGAUCUACGCAGUGAUGGGGACUUCACCAUAUAUAUCUAUAGGCGCCUUUCCUGUGACAGCACUCAUGACUGGUGUGGUGGUCCAGAAAUACAGCGUCAUCGCCGACAACGCGACGGCCCUUGCUGACGAUGGAGUACAGCUAUCUACUGAACAAUCGAGAAACGGUGUAGCCACCACGAUGGCAUUCAUGAGCGGCCUUAUUCAGGUAGCCUUGUGGCUAUUACCAUUGGACCGCUUGGCGGGCAUCAUAUCUCCUGUAAUGGCCGAAGGAUUUCUCACUGCCACCGCCGUCAUGGUGAUCGUCAGCCAGCUGCCAUCGGUCUUCGAGGUAGGUGCCCAGACUAGCAAAGGCCUCUUCGGUACUCCUCUGACCAUCUACUACGUGGCCAAGAGUAUUCCGCACAGUGUGCCGGCUACUCUACUGCUCUCACUGGCCGCUUUUGGGCUACUCUUCGUCCUGAAAGGAGUCGUUGCACACCAAAUGAGACGUAUAACAGUAGUGCCACUGCCAGCGGACUUAAUUUUGGUCAUUUUUGCCACGACAGCAUCUCACUUCCUCGAGCUCGACGUCAAGCACAACGUGAAAGUUCUUGGGCAUAUUGCAUCUGGUUUUCCUAAGCCGACGCCACCACCAUUUGAGAACUGGCUCUCGCUUCUACCCGAUGCCACUGCAAUCGCCGUUGUGCAGUUUGUAUCCACAUUUUUAAUAGCGAAGCUGUUCAGCCAAGAGCAGCGCCUCAAGAUCAGCGCAAAUCAGGAGAUGCUCGCUUAUGGUAUGAGCAACGUAGUCGGUUCCUUCUUCUCAUGCAUACCAGCAGGCUCGGCAUUGGUGAGAUCUCUUGUUCUCAAAGAAGUCGGCGCGAACACUCAGGUCGGUGGCAUGGUUUCAUGCGUCCUCGUGGCUCUCACGCUCUAUUCACUAGCGCCGAUUUUUCGGCCUCUGCCAGAGUGCGUCCUAGGCGUGGUAAUUAUUGUAGCCCUCCUUCCAACGUUGACCAGUCUGCGAAAUUUGCCGAAACUUUGGGUCUUCAACCGCUUUGAUUUUGUUCUCUGGUCGCUGAGCUUCCUGGGUGUGGUUAUCUUGAACGCCACAUGGGGACUGCUGUUUGGUGUCCUCCUGGGCCUCGUGGUAAUCUUCUUUGAGUUAAGCGGGAACAAGGGGUGUCGCCUGAAACCUUGCAGGCCUGACAUCUUCGUGUCGGUGGGAACGCCAUUACGGACAGACGCCGUGACACUCUACCGCUUUGGCAGCCCACUGUGCUUCGCAACGCAACAUAACAUCGUUGCUGACUUCGAGGAACUCUUCAAGGAUGAGAAACCCCGAACCGUCAAGGUUGCAAGCAAGCUGGACAACAUGGAAGCUUGCAGUGAAGCUGUUGCCACAAAGGUGGUGGUCAUGGAUUGCUCUGCCAUAAGCUACAUUGAUUCCGCUGGUGUUCAGGCACUCGAUUAUGUUCUGGACAUUUGUAAACAAAACAAGUGUCUCCUGUAUUUGGCUUCCCUUCAAGAUUCCACCUCACGAACCAUCCGGACACAGCAACGCCUGAUGGAGAAAAUUGGUGUUGACUACAUCACUCCUACAAUGCAAGAUGCCAUCGCUUUAUCCUGUAGCAACAUGCCUGCAAGACUAUUCGGAAGCCACUUACGAUCACCUCUGUGACUGUAGACCAACCCUCAUUAUAUUGCGUGAUGGCGAGGAAAAGACUCGUUACUGAUAAUAAAUUGCAAUAAUGUGUAUUACGUAA